GAAAAGGUUAUAAGACUAAAAAGAAAGGUAGCAAAUUAAAAGUAUAUUUCAAGAUGAGGAUGGAGCUAUGCAGAGGACCAACUACAUUUGCAUGGACAAACACCAUCUCCUCUACUACUACUCUUCAAGUCCCUCAGACUCUCUUUGUAGGUGGGUCUAAAAGAAUUACUGUUUGGUGUGUGAAUGGAAACAUUGACUCUGCUUCCUCUCCCAAGGAAAGUAAGAUGAUUGUAUCAGUCACUGGAGCUACUGGGUUUAUUGGGAAAAGAUUGGUGCAAAGAUUGCAUGCAGAUAAGCAUCAGAUUCGAGUGUUGACAAGGUCAAGAUCCAAAGCACAGUCAAUAUUUCCGGUUAAAGAGUUUCCAGGAAUUGUAAUUGCCGAGGAACCAGAGUGGAGAAACUGCAUUGAAGGUUCAACAGCUGUUGUAAAUUUGGCUGGAACGCCUAUUAGUACUAGAUGGUCCCCUGAGAUCAAGAAGGAUAUCAAGCAAAGCAGGAUUAGAGUAACCUCCAAGGUUGUAGAAUUAAUCAAUAAUUCACAGGAUGAUUCUCGUCCCAAAGUUUUCAUAAGUGCAACAGCAGUUGGUUAUUAUGGAACCAGUGAGACUCGAGUUUUUGAUGAGCAAAGUCCGUCAGGAAAUGACUACUUGGCUGAGGUUUGUAGAGAAUGGGAGGCGGCUGCCCUCAAAGUCAAUGAUGAUGUCAGGCUUACACUAAUUCGUAUUGGCGUUGUCCUUGGAAAAGAUGGUGGUGCUUUAGCUAAAAUGCUUCCUAUCUUCAUGAUGUUUGCCGGGGGACCUUUGGGCUCUGGAAACCAAUGGUUUUCUUGGAUUCAUUUGGACGACCUUGUGGAUUUGAUAUAUGAAGCUUUAUCCAAUCCAUCCUAUAAAGGGGUGAUAAAUGGAACUGCACCGAAUCCUAUAAGGAUGGGAGAAAUGUGUGAACAACUGGGAUCCGUUUUAGGGAGACCUUCCUGGUUACCAGUACCAGAAAUUGCACUGAAAGCUGUCCUUGGAGAAGGUGCAGCAGUGGUGUUGGACGGGCAGAAGGUGGUUCCAACAAAGGCCAAGGAGUUGGGGUUUUCAUUCAAAUACCAAUAUGUCAAAGACGCUCUGAAAGCAAUCAUGUCAUAACACCAUCAACCAUCAACCCAUAUUCUAUAUAGAGUAUAUAUCUUUGAGUUUCAUAUAUCUUUUGAGUUUCAACUCCAUAUGGUCCAAAAGAGUUUUGAGUUAAUUCAUUUCAAUUGCAUGGGAAAGGAAAGAAAACACAAAUAAUUUCUUCUUGUCUGGGCAUAUCUGUUUUUUUUUUCCCUUUAGUUUUGAUCAGCCAAAAUUCAAUUCAAAAACAUCAAGUUUGUACACUUCAUAUCACUCUCACAGACUCGCAUAUGCCUAGUUUACACUACGAUGGCUCCUUAUUUUGGUGGUCCUUUUCUUGAUUUCAGAAUUCUUACUGAAAUUUUCUCUGGUUGUCCCUUUUUGUAUGAGCUAUUAAAUAAAUGACGCUAUUUUUUUUAUUUUUU